AUGCGCUUCAACAACGUAGCUGGACUUGCCAUGGGCCUCGCCAUUCCCACUGGCGCUCUAUCCGUCCCUCGGAAUCCAGCUCCUGAGCCUGCUGGCAAGAUCGUGGCGCAGUUGUUCUGCGACAUUGUUGGUGGUCUGGUCACUGUUGCAAAGCAACAGCCCCAAGCCACGAGCUUCUGUUCUUCUUACCUCAAGAUCCCUGUAGUCACAAAGACUUCUACGGUGACUUCCUUCACUGCGACCAUUACGGCAACUGCAACCAUCACUUCGGGAUCGAUCACGACCACCGAUGCAACCAACACAAUUACGGCGACUGACACAGCCACCACAACGGCUUCCGCCACCAUCACCGAAACAACGACGACAACCGAAACCAUCAAUACUGUCGCAUACUCUUCAAUCACUGCAUGCGCAUCCCCAGGAGCUGUACAAAAGCGCGGCGCUUAUGUACCCCCGAAGAAGCCUUCGUGCUUCAAUAACUACAUCGAAGGCCAAGCUCUCUCUUCAGCAUGCAAAUGUCUUGCGGUGCCCACCUCUAGCACGACUACCACGACGACUUUGAGCCUUCCCACCACCAUCACAACUUCAGUCACAGUACCCCUGACCAUCUUCGCAACCGCAACCAACACCGACACCGCGACCGUCACAAACACCAUCACAAAUACCGCGACUGAGACCUCCACAGUAACCGAGCGCACAACCAUCAUCACAGGCACCCAACAAGUCAUCGCGAUCCCCACCUUCACCGUCUACGCCAUCGGCGGCGACAACAGCGGAAACCCCAUCGGUUAUGCCGGCGGCAACACCGUAGGCAAUGCGCAGGGCCUCAGCCCCGUCCUCCAAUUCACCACAGUUGACAACAACAAACUGCAAGUGCUCAACGGGCCGGAUGCCGGCUCCAUCGGCAAAACAGAUCCCAAUGCCGCGGCUGUGAACGCUUAUGUUUUCUUCGGUUACUUACAAUGCGGCUGA